UGACAAUUCAUGUGCAGACGAUGUGUAACUACAGUUUAUUGACUUUCAAGCGGUAGCUAACGUCUAAAGUUUUGUAUUCGAUCUGAAAUGCCUACCAUUCCUCUGCUCUCUAAAUGGCUUCUGGCUACUUUGUAACUGUAAAUCUCGGCAUAUUCCUCUCAUUGUGGAUAAGCAUAAUCAAUGCCGAGUUCUAUGUGAUAGAUGAUCAGAUCGGUCUUGGAAGGCGUUUUGACGGAAUCGGUGGUUUAAGCGGAGGAGGGGCAACAACUAGACUUUUGGUCAACUAUGAUGAACCAUAUCGUGGCCAAAUAUUAGACUAUUUAUUCAAGCCAGGUUUUGGCGCUUCCUUACAGAUUCUCAAAGUUGAAAUCGGAGGAGAUGCACAGACUACUGAUGGAACAGAACCCUCCCACAUGCACUAUGAAGGAGAUGAGAACUACUUCAGAGGAUAUGAGUGGUGGCUGAUGAAAGAGGCCAAGAAGAGGAACCCCGACAUCACUCUGAUUGGCCUUCCUUGGGCAUUUCCACGUUGGGUGGGUAGAGAGCAGAGUUCACCAUACCAGAAUCCUGAUGUCACCGCUGGUUAUGUUGUGUCCUGGAUCAUUGGGGCAAAGCAGUAUCAUAACCUAGAUAUUGACUAUGUUGGGAUAUGGAAUGAAAGGAAGUUUAAUGCUGAGUAUAUUAAGAUUUUAAGAGUCACGUUGGAUAAGGCCGGCCUUACUGAUGUGGGCAUCAUUGCAGCUGAUGGGAACUGGGAUAUAUCAGUUGCUAUGGCACUGGAUCCCCAACUUUAUGGGGCCAUUGAUAUCAUUGGGGUUCACUAUCCAGGAACAAAGACUAUACCUCAAGCUUUGUGGACCAGGAAGACACUUUGGUCCGCAGAAGACUACAGCACCUUCAACAACGAUGUGGGUGGGGGCUGCUGGGCUCGCAUUCUCAACCAGAACUAUGUCAACGGGAGGAUGACUUCCACCAUCUCCUGGAACCUGGUGGCAAGUUACUAUGAAGACCUCUCAUUUGGACGGGAUGGGCUGAUGACCGCAGAGGAACCCUGGAGUGGGAACUAUGUGGUGGAAUCCCCCAUAUGGAUAACAGCUCACACCACCCAGUUUGCAAAGCCAGGUUGGAGGUAUCUAGAGACAGUCGGAAACCUAACACAUGGUGGAAGCUAUGUUUCUCUGACAGACGGGAAAGGGAACCUUACACUCGUCAUAGAAACUAUGACGCAUGAUCACUCCAUAUGCGUUCGACCUCCAUUGCCACCUUACAAGGUGUCCCCUCAAAAUGCUACAUUUCAUCUCAAGGGCUCUUUCGCAACAGUCUCGGAGCUUCAGUUAUGGUACUCCAAAUUAGACUUUGCAAACUCAAAGUCUACCCUCUUCAAGAAACUACAGACUGUCAAGGUUUUUGAUGGAUUCUUCACCUUGAGCUUAGGUCUUGAUGAGGUUUACACCUUAACUACAAUCACAACUGGACAAAAGGGCCACCACACAGACCCACCCAAUUCAUCUCCAUUCCCUAAGAAGUAUCUUGAUGACUUUGAUGUCCGGAACCCUUCCUUUGAUGAGGCUCCUUACUUUGCCGAUCAGACCGGGGUGUUUGAGUAUUUCCAAAACCUGACCGACCCAGGACCUCAUGUCUUUACACUACGACAGAUUGUCACUCAGCGCCCAAUAGCCUGGGCAAAUGAUGCAGAUCAAACCAUCAGCAUUGUCGGAGAUCAUAGCUGGAGAGACUUGACUGUGACCUGUGACGUCUUAAUUGAAACCAUGAGUACAGGAGGUGUGUUCAUUGCUGCAAGAGUGGAUAAGGGAGGCGAGUCUGUCAGGGAGGCUAUGGGAGUCUUCUUCUGGGUGUUUGCCGACGGCACUUACAGAGUAACCAAUGAUAUUGGUGGGAAGAUAGUGCGAGCAGAGGGCUUAUCAGGAACAAGAGCAGGGAAAUGGCACACACUGACCCUCACAGUCAAGGGACAAUAUGCUUAUGGAAUGCUGGAUGGAUACCCACUGUGGAAGAAUGCUGUGAUUCUAAACCCAAAGAAUGGAUGGGCUGCUAUCGGAACAUACUCUUUUGAAUAUGCCCAGUUUGAUAACUUCCAAGUGCUGGCAGACUGAGUAGUCUAGCUGUUUUUCACAAAGACUCUGUGUAUGUUCCUGUUCCCAAGCACAUAAUUGUGAGCGCUGUCUUGUUAAAAAUAGCAUUCCAGAGUUGGAUUGAAUGUUGAAUGCGUCUCAUUCCUGAAAAUUCUCUGGUUCCCUAACGGAGCACAAGGGGGGAUUUUAUUCAGGUGUAGUGUGAAUGUACGUUUCAAAUUAUUUGUGAUUUACUUGUUUUAAAUAACAAUAGAUGAAUGUGAAGGGUUAUUUUCCAAUCUUAAUUCCAAGGGGAAAUGUUUAUUAAUUUAUUUUUUUUGAUUGGAGUUAUUAAAGGAUUCAAGGCCUGGGCCACCAGUAUGGAAGCAUAUGAGUUCCAUAAUUCAAAUGAGAAUGCAUUCUG